AAAAGAGAGGAAGCACCACCAGGCCGCGCGACGGAGCAAAACGAAACGCGGCAGCCAGCACAACCCAGCAGAGCGCGACUCGACUCGAAUCGAAUAGUCCCGUCCUUUCGGUUCUACCUUUCCCUCCCGCGCCGCCGCAGCCGCCUCCAGGGCCGCGGAAACCCUAGCCACCUCGUCAGUGCCGCGCGCCGGGUGUCUCGCCGCCGCCCGUCACUGCCGCUGACACCGCCGGAGCGAUCGGAUCUCGAGACCGUCAGGAGACACGAUGGAGGAUUGGGAUUCUGAAGAUUUCCAGCCCGUUGCUCCUGUUGUGAAAGUCGAGCCACUUAAAAAUCAGUGGGCUGAUGAAGAUGUCGAUGCCGACGACGUAAAAGAUUCAUGGGAGGAAGAAGAGGAAGAGGAGAAACCUAAGCCAGCGGCUGUGCAAAAGAACGCGACGAAACCUAGCGCUAAGGCUCCUGCUAAAAAGGGAAAACAGCAAGCAUCAACAAGUGCCGAGGAACCAGACGAGCCUUUGAGUCCCACUUCAGAGAAAAUUCGCCAACAGAGGCUUGUGGAAGAAGCUGACUUCAAGUCAACUACAGACCUUUUUGCAAAGAAGAGCGGUGAACAAAAGUCACUAGAUACUUUUAUCCCAAAGUCCGAGAGCGACUUUGCGGAAUACGCGGAGCUUAUUGCAAAUAAACUGCUCCCCUACGAUAAAAGUUUUCACUACAUGGCUCUCCUCAAGAAUGUCAUGAGACUUUCCAUGACACCGUUGAAAGGCUCGGACGCGAAAGACAUAUCUUCCUCCGUGACGGCGAUUGCUAACGAGAAGAUCAAGGCUGAGAAAGAGGCCGCAGCAGGCAAAAAGAAACAAGGAGCGAGAAAGAAGCAGCUCCACAUCGAGAAAGGAGACGACGACUUCAUCCCCGGACGGGGUGGUGGCUACGAUGACCCGGACGAGUACGACUUCAUGUGAUUUGGCUGGAAGGAAGAGUAAGUAGGGUUAAUAGGUUUCCGUCUUGUAUACAUUUGGCAAGCAGAGAACAUAUCACGAGAGUUUGCGGCAUACUAUACUAUGGCAUGGAACAUGCGUUAUCUGUUUGAGGAUGAAUUUUGACUCUGCAGGACAAGAAGAUCACAAGUGCUUACUUAAUUGUUAUUGAAUCUCUGUGGUAUUUUUUUAGC